AUGGACUCGGUCGUCUUCACACCACGGCUCAAACUGACUCGUGUCACGACCGUAGAGAGAGGAGGUGCCGAGCUCGAAUGGAUACAUGAACUUCGAAGUAACGAGAAGGCUACAUGGUGGAGCAUCCAAGGACGAGCAAAGUCGCUGGAAGAUACGGAAAAGGCCAUGCAAGCAUAUCUGGCGUCGGCGCCCACGACAACCACACCAGAAAAAGAAGAAGGACCGACAAGGCCAUAUCGAGUCGCCUAUGCUGUACAUAAGCUUCUUGAUGAGUCGACCGGGUCGGACUCGCACAGCAGGGACUCGGUGAUCACGGGUGGAAGAGAACUCGAACCGCAAUCCACGGCAAACAAAGGCCGAGACGUGGAACAGACGAACAUAAGCACGAAGCCAGAAACAGAACCACAAACAGAAUUCAUCGGCAUGGUGACUUUGACAUCAUUGGACACCAGCAGCCUCGCGUUGCCUGAAGACCUCACACUACCGAAGACACACGCGUCAACGACGACGACGACGACAACGAAAGAAACAAGUACAAGAGACUCGAUCCUUCCGGUCGAAAUCGCAUAUAUGUUCCUCCCCACAGGAUGGGGGAAAGGAUACGCAACCGAGUCCGUCAAGGCAGUUUUCGAAUCGUGUGCCAAAGGACGGUCGUUCUGGACGCCCUUCGACUCGCUGUACAUACGGGCGAUCGUGAAUGAACUGAACCCGCCUAGUAUGCGUGUCAUGGACAAGACGGGGAUGGUGAAAACAGGGGUCUAUGAGUUGAUUGGGAGGAGUGUUUUUCUGGCCGGACAAUGGCGGGACACGCAUCGUCUGCAUAUCUAUGCUAGGUAUCUGACUUGGACUGAGUGGGACAGAGGGAAUGAUAUUCUCCUAGACCACGACCAUGGCCACGCUAUGGCUGGCAAUCUUGACCCUCUGUCGAAUGUCGAAUGUCGACGCCGUUAA